AUGGCGAAAGGCGACGAUGCUUUGGCGAGGAAGAAGAAUAAACUAACGAGGAAGAAGAUGAGCCGAAAAAACGACUCCGCCACUGUAUCCGCUCGCAUCGCCGCCCUUAUCGCCGCCAAAAAACGCCGCAAAACUGGCAAACGCAGUAUGUGUCAGGGAAUGUGUUUUAGCCUCCCUUCACCUGAAGAUCCUUUCAACGAAAGGCAAGGCAAAGCAGAUAUAAUAACCAGAAAGAAAGCCAAAAAGAAGCUCAAGUCUAAAUCAAAGAGAGAAAACAAGAAACCAUCUCCAAUCCCCAUAAACGACGUCGUUGAUGAGCAGCAGGAAGAAGAAGAAGAUGUUGUUAGGAAAUGGAUUGUUGAGAAGAAGAAGGGUCCAGUGAAGUUUCUUGUGUCGUGCUUAAACGAGAUAGAGAGCUCUCUUCGCGUAGACGGUAGUGAUGAUGAUGACAAGUCCUUAUUCACUAGCACUUGGGGGAUUGAGUUCUGGAAAUGUUUCCUCUCUGGCAAAGACGUUCUUGACACAAGCGGAACGUCUUCCACAGUGGAGCAGAUCGCUUGGAUUGCUUCGACGGCCGUUGAUGCUAUUGCUAAAUCGGAGAAAGAGCUCCCUGAGGACUCGUUUAUCGUCAGCCCUUUCCUCUUGUGGCUCGUCCCUUCUCAGUCUAAAGCUAACCAGGUACGAUCGGUUUGCAAGGCACUGAAAACUCAAGGAGUACACGCAUUGAGCAUACACCAAGGGACGUCAAUAGAUCGUCAGAUUGAUGGAUUGAAGUACAUUGAGCCUGAGUUUCUUGUUUCUACACCUGAGAGACUUUUGGAGAUUGUUAACUUGAAGGGCGUUGAUGUCUCUGGCGUUUCAUUGCUGGUUAUUGAUGAGCUAGGUUCACUUUGCACUAGUGGUUACCUAGACGCUGUGAAAUCAAUCAAGCAGGCCAUUCGCAGCGAACACGUAUCGGUAGUCUUCAACGACAGUUUCAGUGCUUCCUAUAUUCCAGCCGUCCAGAGUCUUUUAGAAGGAGGAUCAUCAGUUAAUAGACUCUCUCUCACUGAUUCUGUAACCUCUCAAGGCUCUUGUAUUCUCCAGACUGUUAAUGUCUGCGCCUCGGAGGACAAAAAGCUGGAGAAGUUUUCAGAGGUUGUGGAGUCAUCUUCGUCUAAGAUGAUAUACAUUGUUACAAAGGAAGAGAAUUUCGGAAAGUUAAAGGCUUUACUUAUGUUGAAAGGUCUCUCUGUUUCAGCCAAUAGUGAAGAAAUCAAAAAGAGCAAGAAGCCAGUGGCAAGAUUGGUUGAUAUAGAACAGUUGGAUACAAGAGCAAUGAGGGACUUUGAAACCAUUCUGCUUCCGGAUUUUGUUCCGUCGUUCGCUACUUAUGUUCAGAUUCUGACGAGUAUGGCUAGAGACAGUGUUCACGGCGUACUGCAUAGCUUUUUGACGGAGAAGGAGGCGGCGAAAUAUCCGGCUGGUCCGUUGGUGAAUGUCUUGGAGGAUUGUGGCCAGAGCGUGCCUGAGGUUUGGAGGAAUAUGUAUGCUUCUAUGUCUGAUUGA